AUGGGACAGAAAAACAAUGUUACAGAGUUUAUCCUCCUGGGCCUCACUCAGGAUCCUGCUGGCCAAAAAGCAUUGUUUGUCAUGUUUUUACUCAUCUACAUUGUGACAAUGGUGGGCAAUCUGCUCAUUGUGGGGACAGUGAUUGCCAGCCCCUCCUUGAACUCUCCCAUGUACUUCUUUCUUGCCUUUCUGUCACUCACAGAUGCCGUUUAUUCCACUGCCAUCUUGCCCAAAUUGCUUAAAGACUUAGUUUGUGAUAAAAAGACCAUUUCCUUCGCAACUUGUCUAGUUCAGCUUUUUGUGGAGCAUUUAUUUGGUGGUGCUGAGGUCUUCAUUUUGGUGAUGAUGGCCUAUGAUCGCUAUGCUGCCAUCUGUAAGCCCCUGUACUAUUUGACCAUCAUGAAUCGUCAGGUUUGUAUUCUCUUGCUGUUGGCAUCUUGGGUUGGCGGAUUUGCUCAUGCUCUGCUUCAAGUUAUCUCUGUGUACAUACUUCCUUUCUGUGGACCCAAUGUCAUUGACCACUUUGCCUGUGACAUGUACCCAUUGUUGGGACUUGCAUGCACCGACACCUACUUCCUAGGCCUCACUGUAGUUGCCAAUAAUGGAGCAAUGUCUGUAGUGGUCUUUAUCCUUCUCCUUGUCUCCUAUGGAAUCAUUUUAAACUCUCUUAAGACUCACAGUCAGGAAGGGAGACACAAAGCUCUGUCCACCUGCAGCUCACACAUCAUGGUGGUUGUCCUCUUCUUUGUUCCCUGCAUUUUCAUGUAUGUUAGACCUGUCUCUAAUUUUCCUAUUGAUAAAUUUAUUACUGUAUUUUAUACAAUUUUCACUCCUAUGUUGAAUCCUUUAAUAUAA